AUAAUAACAACAAUAAUAAAUAUCUUCAAGAACGUGAUAAUAAUGAUUAUGCUGACUCUGUAUCCGAUUAUGAUAACGAUGAUGACAACGAUUCGAAUAGUAUUGAAUAUCAAUUACGGCAAUUAGGUUUCAAUCUUAAGCAUAUCGUUUAUCUAUAUGCUCGUAAUCAUCCAGAAAAUAUAACAAUGUCAUCGAUGUUAACAUCAAUCAAUCCUGAUUCAUCAUCAUCAUCAUCAUCAUCCUCAGCGACAGGGAUGAAAUCAAAUCGUUAUCAUCACCAACGUCAUGCUCAAAUAAAAUCAAAACCACAAAAUCUUUCCGGAUUAUUAUCUGAUGAAUUUCUUGGAUCCAUCAUAUUUAUAACGGCAAUUGAUUCGAAUCAAUUUCAAUUGGCCAAAAGUUUCAUAAAUUCUUUUGAACAUUUUCGUCAUAUCGGCAAAAUGGUAGCCGAGUACAGCAACAAAAUUCUUCUAAUUUUGAGCUAAUGAUUUAUGAUCUUGGUUUAUAUCCCGAUCAAUUGAGUCAGAUUGAACGGCUAUGUCAACGGGAAAAAAGAAAUAGAAAACGAAUAUUGUGUACAAUUCGUACAUUCCAAUAUGAUAUCUAUCCAUCACAUAUAUCCGAUUUGCGAAUGGCUGCAUAUCGUUCGAUUAUUAUACAAGAAAUGUUACGUGAUAUCAAAUUAACACGACAAUAUCGUCAAAAACAUUCGAUUCAAAACAAUAAAAAUUAUAUCCGAAAUAAGAACGAAAAGAUAUCCAAACGAAAUUUCAAUAAAACAUCGACGACGACCAUAAUUUGGAUGGAUCCACAAUAUCAUUUUAUUGAUUCCAAACAUUCGAUCAUUGGACAAUUACAAUCUAAAAUUCUCCAUCAAUCAGCUAUACUGUCAUGGCCAAUCGAGCAACCAACAUCAGCAUUGACACAUCCACGAAUGUUUGAAUAUUUUCAUACGACCAAGGAGAAUUUUUAUUUUCAUCGUAUGAUUCGUCCUGAUCAUUUGAUGAUCACCAUAAAUGACAAAACAUGGAAACCAUUCGAAUGGGGUAUCAUGUUACCUUGGGUUCGUUGUGCCUUGACCAGUGAUUGUAUCGCACCAUUGGGUAGCCAAUGGCGAUCUACAUGUCGAUUGGAUAAGAAACCACAUUAUCGUUAUAGUGGUUGCCAUCAUUAUGAUAUGUCCGCAUUGAAUGUCGUUCUAGGUAUUGCAUUCAAUUUUUCAUCCACACCAUAUUCAGCACGUUUAUCACAGCGUUUUUUUUGGCCAUUUAAUAGGCCAAUGCCAAUUGAAAAGCAAAAUAGUCAAGAUGAUAAUGAAGAUGAUGAUAUUAUGUUUGAAUAUCAAUUUGAAGAUGGUGAAGAUCAACAAACAAACAAUGUUCCUGGGAGAUAUGAUCUAGUUAUGAAUGAUGAUGAUAUACCGGAAGAAUUUUUUGAUCAAUCGCACUCACAGAAGAAAAAAUCUUCGGGAUUUCUUUUCUCAUCAUCAUCCUCAUCAACAUCUUCUGGGUCUUCAUAAAAAUUUAAAAUGGAAAAAAAAACAAAAUCCAUUACUAGUCGUAGAAAUCUUGUUUUACAUGAAAAAUUCUCUUAAAACUCAAUGUGAUAUUCAAAAAAUGAUUUCCGGUUUGUCAUCAAAAAAAAACUUCGCGAUAAAUACCUCAUUUUUAUUGCUAAAAAUUUGCAGGUCAUCCUUGGGUUUUUUUUGUCAAAUGUUUCUGAACAUAAAAUUGAGAUUGAACUUACCCGCCACCAGAAUUUGUUGAUUACUGAUCGGAAAAGGAUCGUUUUGAAAACCUGUGAACUGUGGAUGUUAUUCUUCCUAUAUUGGUGGUGGUUAUUCGUCGCACUUUAUUCUACAUGUUUGUUCUUAUAAUUCCAAGUCAUAAUAUAUGAUGAAUAUUCCAAAUUCUUAGUGUUUCAUUAUCAAGCUAGUCGAAAAUUAUCGCGAAAAAAAACAAGACACUUGUUCUACGUCUACUUAUUUGAUAUCCAGAUGAUCUUUAUUUAUUUUUAAAAAAUUCAUAUCAUGACAAAUAUUGUUACUAUUAUAAUUCACAAGUUCCAUACACAAAAAAAAAUUUCCAAAUCACAAUUUCCAAGUAAAAAACAUUCGUAAGAAAAAAAUAAAACAAUUCGAAUGGAAUACAUCAUUUUUAUCCAAGAAAAAAAGCCUUAAUUUCGUAUGUGUGUGAUGUCUAUGUCUGAAUCCAUUUUUUUUCUUCACUAUCAUCAUCUUAUUGGUCCAACACAACAUCGAUCACCUAUCGAAUCAUCUCACACAAUUGAUCUUAAUUGAUAAUAUAAAUAUAAAACAAAAUGUGAAAAAAAUUUUUUACAUGACACAUACAAAUGUUUUAUUGUUUCAAGUUUUCAAAAAAAAAUUCUUCGAAAUUAAUGA